AGAUUGACCACUCUGCCAAAAAAUUACCCCCCAUGAAGUCGGCAUCAGUCAAUUUGGCACGAAUUCUAAGUUCAACCUUCAAUAAGACGACCAAUGUCUCGUUCUCUGACGUUGAGACCAAAGUGGCUCCGGUGUUAUUUCAGGCAUUUAAGAUGAUUCCUCAGCUGUCCGAAAUCUCAUACAUUGGGAUGGAUGGUCUAUUUUUCUCAUACUACAAAGAACAUGAUCAAAAUCUUGCAAUGUACUCUAACUCUUCCAUUUCUUCAGCCUCGGGUUCUUCGAAAAUCACAUACUACGUUCAACCUGUAAAUCUUGACACUGGAGGAUUAUAUGGUGAAGCCGUAACAUAUAAGCAUCCUGUUAAUACGAGUUGGACCCAGGAAGCAGUCAACAGUUCCAACGGAUAUGCCUCGUUGGGAUACAAGUGGAGUGGCAAUCAUCAGAUUUUAUACCUUAAUCUUGUCAGUAUCUCAAGAACAGGGGUUAUCUCCUUAGGACUUCCAGCAUCGACAAUUACAGACUUUGUCACUCCCACUAGGCGUCAAGGUUCAAGCUUGUAUUUGGCUUCCAAAGAUGGAAAAGUGCUUCUGCAAGGAAUCCAACAUGCCCAUAUAGUAUUCUAUGAUGAUACGGCUUCCUUCUAUUCAGUGAAACCAAAUGGUGAGCUUCUGAGUAAUCAGGGCUUCGUCUCAUGUAAAGCUGAAGCCACAGCUUCUGUUUUGAAGAUUGGGGAUACUCAAUAUUUGACACGCUGCUCAUCAAUUGAUAUAAUGGGAGUAGAAUUGGCGUACGUCUUGGCUAUCCCCCAAAAUGGAUUAGUGACCUUUGUACGUGAGAGUAGAAAACGGGGAUUGGUGCUAAUGAGUACAAUGAUAGUGAUGAUAUUAGCCUCUAUCUUUAGUUUUCUUUUGUUAAAUGCUAUAAUGGGUCGGCGAGAGAUGCGUUUGUGCUUCUCUCUCAUCAAACAAAUGGAAGCCACUCAGCAAGCAGAGAGGAAGAGUAUGAACAAGAGCCUAGCAUUUGCUAGUGCUGGCCAUGAUAUUCGUGCUUUCCUUGCUGGCCUUACUGGUUUGAUAGAGAUGUCCUAUGAAGAAGUUAUCCCUGGUUCAGAGCUAGAGGCCAAUUUGAAACAAAUGGGUACUUGCACAGAAGACUUGCUAGGGCUAUUGAAUUCUAUUCUUGAUACAAGUAAAAUUGAGGCAGGGAAAAUGCAGCUUGAUGAAGAGGAGUUUGAUCUAUCCCAAGUCAUAGAAGAAGCAACUGAUUGGUACUAUCCUGCGGCCAUGAAAAAAGGUGUCGAUCUUGUCUUGGACCAUUGCAACGGUUCGGUUAUUAGAUAUUCGCAUGUGAAAGGUGACAAGGGAAAGCUUAAACAAGUUUUGUAUAAUUUGUUAAACAAUGCUGUCAAAUUUACAAAUGAGGGACAUGUAGUAGUUCGAGCUUGGGCUCAAAAGCCAAGUUUCCAGAAGUCAAUAAUGGCUUCUAAAAGAUACAAUUUUAUCAAGCAUUUUCCAUGCUUAUUUUACAAGAAAAAUGAAUCAGAUGUGAAAGUAGAAGUAAGAAAUGCAAUCCAACGAGAGCCAAACUUGUUGGAGUUUGUGUUUGAAGUAGAUGAUACAGGAAAAGGAAUUCCUAAAGAGAAGCAUAAGUCAGUGUUUGAUGAUUAUGUUCAAGUCAAAGAAAAUGCUUCAGGACUAGGAGGCACGGGUUUGGGACUUGGUAUUGUGCAAUCACUGGUACGUUUGAUGCAUGGGGACAUUGGAAUUAUGGAAAAGGAAAUAGGUGAAAAAGGAUCAUGCUUUAGAUUCAACGUCCUCCUUCACGUUUGUGAGACAGUCACAGGUGGUAGUAACACUAAAGAAGAUAAUGAUUUAGGAGGUGACAUACAUCUCAAUCAAUUUCAAGGACAAGAUAUAAACACCCCUAGUUCUGGUUCUAGCAUAUGUUCCCCCAGCCCAAAAUUACCUAUUUUCGCCUCUAGUAGGUCAGGGGCUUCUUGCAUUAUUCUUUUGAUACAAAACGAAGAGAGACGAAGGACUACUCGAAGGUUCAUGGAGAGCUUAGGGAUUAGAGUUAAGGUUGUGAGGCAGUGGGAACAUUUGUCUCAUACUCUUAAGAAGAUCAAGGAGAAGGGGCAUAAUUCUAACCAGAGCUCCAUUGGAACAUCAGAUACUAGUUCUAGAUCUGCAUCUCAAAAUUCUAAUUCCAGAGCCAGAGGAUUUCCUUUGAGCGCUACAGAUGGAAUUUACUAUAUGCCUUCGAUUUUUAACAGGUUAGAAGAUAGAGCUUCUUCGGGUCUGGUUCUACUUGUGAUUGAUUCAAUUGCAGGACCCUUUUCAGAACUUAGCAGAAUUGUAUUUGCAUUCAAAAGAGACCUUGGGAGUCCUUGCAAGGUGGUUUGGUUAAAUAAGCCACUCUGUGGAGACAGUUUCAAAGCACUUGGUGAGGAUGCAUUAGAUCCUGAUGACAUUAUCUUGUCCAAGCCAUUUCAAGGUAGUCGUUUGUUUGAAAUUAUGAGGCUUCUUCCCGAGUUUGGGGGUAGUUCAACUAAUAUAUCUAGAAUUGGAAGAGUAAGGGAGGACACUUUUCACAAUAGACUUAGGAAAUCAUUCAAAGAUUGCCACACAUCAAGAUAUCAGUCACCUAUAUCAGACAGAGCAGAAUUUUCCUCAUCCAGUGUAAACCCAUCUCAAGACUAUGGUAAUUCAUCAAGGAGGGAUCAGCUGUAUUCUUCUAGCAAGUUCAAAGCAAGGAAUUCUCCAAUCGACCACAAAGAGAUACAAAAGUGCAAUUAUUCAAACAACGACAAGCCCUUGUGUGGCAAGAAGUUUUUGAUAGCAGAUGAUGUUGAAUAUCUGCGCAGGAUAGCUUUUAAGACCCUGAUACAUCUAGGUGCAAGUGCAGCUAAUGUGAAGGAAUGCGAGAAUGGCAAAGAAGCAGUAAAUCUAGUUGAAGAGAGUUUAAAGGGGGCUUUUCCCUAUGAUUACAUCAUAAUGGACUGUGAGAUGCCCGUAAUGGAUGGGUUUGAGGCAACGAAGCAGAUAAGGAAGAUGGAGAAGGGGUAUGGGGUUCAUGUUCCUAUCCUGGCUUUAACAGCUCAUACGUCAGGGGAGGAGAUCAGCGUGACGAAGGACGCAGGAAUGGACGCUCAUUUAGGCAAGCCACUUAGACCACACCAUUUACUGGCUGCCAUUAAAGACAUACACAAUAAUACAGGCUGAA